AUGUGAGAGUAGCUGUGACUGGGUGGGUUAAGACAGUUUGAUUUGUGCCUCUACACGCACCUGGAUGAGGUGCGUCAUAGGAUUUGGUGGUGACACAGGUAGGAAUGGUCGUCUGCCGCAUAUAAAGACUCGCUAGUACAUGCGAUUCACCUAGUUAUUAAACCAUCAAUCAAUCGAUCGUCCAUUUCAAUCCUAGGAGCGCCGUUCUUCGUGGUCCUUUCAACAGUUCCUAAGGCGAGCCAGUGACAGACAAGACUCAUUACAUAGCACUUCUGCCUACAAGGCGUUUCGACAUGGUGUGCCACUAUAAUAUCCACCAGAUCUGCUUAGCAUCGACAAUAAGUCCGGCUAAUCCGGUGCAUCCCAAGGCAUCCUCGCGAGAAAUUCAAGAUCAACAGAAUGAGUCUUUCAACUCCAAAUUGGAGGCCCUCACGGGUGGAUAUUCAGGGAUCAUCAACAAUGGCUCUCCAAAUCCACUACUCGUCCCCGCAAAGCUCCACCGCAGUGUUGCUAGGAUACACGAAGCACUUGUCCUUGGACUCACCAACAUAGUCGAGAGAUGGUGUGCAGACGAACAGGCAGUGUUCUCUCGCCGCAUGCCGCUGGAACCGCAUGAGGAGGAUCUCUUGCGUUGGUUGCAUGAGCAGGCCUGUGAGAAGAACUUGCGACAAUUCUGGGAGUGUCAGGGACAUUGGCGAACUGACUUCUUGCUGUCCGCUGAAUGGCCUCGAAGUCUCCAAAUUUGCGAGAUCAACACACGAUACUCGAUCAAUGCCCAGCUCAUAGCCGCGUAUGGCUACGAGGUAUAUGGCCAGAUGGCAUCGGAACGAAGUGUGUUUGCAGCUACAGAUGCUGAAGAGUUUGUUCAAAGCCAGCUAGAACUUUUUGAUUCGCGGUUCCCGGUGCACAUCAUUAACGAUCAACAUCUUACUUCUUUUGUCGAGAUGUUCGUUUCCUACGCCGAGCGGAAUACGGGGUUGCAGCCCACCAUAGUCAAGCCGUCUGACCUCCGACUGGUGCAGGAUCAUGAAUCUGCGACUGGCCACUCCCUCUACUGCAAGUCGACGCGCGAACACCCUGACCUUGUUGAGAAUGGCGAGCCUCUGGAUCGGAUCUACCAGACGGGUAUGUAUCUGCUUCCGCACGAGCUCCGCUCCAUGCCAGUGGAGAUUCUACGCCAGCUAGCCUUAUGUUGUGUCAACGACAUGCGAAGCAUCCUUUUGAUCCACGACAAGAGGAUUCUGGGUAUUCUCCUUGAGGAACUUGACAGCCUUGUCGAACAGCAUCGGAUCCUGACCGCGGAGCAAGCCGAACUACUCCGGCAAGGCGUUGUGCCGACAAUCAAUCCGGGGUCGGCAAAGCUGGAGCAAUUCAUUGAUCAAUGCACGAAGACAAAUACCGCCAAUGAUUCCUACAUCAUCAAGCCAGUGCGGAGUGCUCGAGGCGAAGGGAUUCUACUCGGCAAGGAGUUAUCCCCAACCCAAUGGGAAGCUCUUCUGAUAGACAUGCGCGAUCCCAAGCUUGCCCCCGGUCGAGCCGUGUAUAUCAUCCAGCCGUUGAUCCGACAGUCGGUCUUUGAGGUAAUCGAUCAUCGAGGCGAUUCCCAAGUCUGCCCUAUUGUUGGUUGUUCUCACCUGGCGAAUGGGAAGUUCACUGGCCUCGGAUGCUGGCGGGCUGGAGGGACCGAGGUAUGCAAUAUGAACAACAGGGCAUUUUGGACGAUGGGGGUUGUUGCCCGUCCUAGUUAAAUGUUCUCGAUGCCUGUUAAGGUCUGGAUGAAGAUACAUUGAAGCGGGGGUACUGAAAAAGCAAUUACCAUGUGCUGGCACACUGGCAAACUAUCCCACACAAAAUGUAGCGUCGAAUUACUACUUCUUAUUUCUCAUGAAGUCAAAAAUGGCAUACCAUUGG